UGUGAUUUGAAUUAUUGAGAGAAAUUUGAGAGAUUUCAAAAUUGAUUCAUUAGUAUUUAAGAGAUACAAUCUCCCCAAACAGUCCUCCACAAAAUCAUCAACUUCUACCAGUGUGGUUGAUAAUAUGGCACCGACUUAAUGACCACAGGUGUUUUCAGUUUGGGCAAUUUUGAACAGCCAAUCAGGAGAAACCACGGCUACCAUGUGGGUAUAAAAGCUGCAGGUGAGAAACCACUGUCAGUAUUUCACUUGCAUCAUACUGCUGCUGCUCAACGAGAGACAAACAUGGCGUCUGCGGGUCUUCAGAUCUUUGGCAUCUUCCUGGCAACCAUUGGCUUUUUGGGAGACAUCAUCAUCUGCGCCCUGCCGAUGUGGAAGGUGUCUGCUUUCAUUGGGAACAACAUAGUGACGGCGCAGGUCUUCUGGGAGGGUCUGUGGAUGAACUGUGUGAAGCAGAGCACUGGCCAGAUGCAGUGCAAGGUCUACGACUCCAUGCUGGCUCUGCCCCAAGACCUGCAGGCGGCCCGGGCCCUCGUCGUCAUCUCCAUCCUGGUCGCCUUCAUGGGAAUCCUGCUCGCCGUCGCAGGGGGAAAGUGCACCAACUGCAUUGAAGAUGAGGUGGCCAAGAGCAAAGUAGCCAUUGUUGCAGGAGUGUUCUUCAUCAUCGGUGGCAUCAUGUGCUUGAUCCCUGUGUCUUGGUCUGCGCACGAGGUCAUCAGGAGCUUCUACAAUCCCAUUGUGAUCGACGCACAGAGGAGGGAGCUGGGAGCGUCACUGUUCAUCGGCUGGGGAUCAGCAGGACUCCUGUUCAUUGGAGGUGCACUUCUGUGCUGUCAGUGUCAGCAGCGUAAAGAUAGCAGAUACUCUGCCAAAUACUCUGCCCCACGCUCAGCAGCGAGUGGAGGAGCCUACGUUUAAAAUGCCUGCAAGUACUUCUACAGUCUGCAUGUUUCUUACUGCAGGAAACUGGAUUGAACUUUCCAUGUCAUGUUUUAACUUUUGUUUUACUGAUUUUAAUAAAUCAAAUUUUUUUU